AUUAUUGGUGGGGAACGCGCCUGUCAAACAGGUACACUCAAGCGGACAAACGUGAAGGAGAAAGGGAAGAAUAAUAUUUGAAAAGAGAAGAACAUCGUGUUUUCGAACGUGCGCGAGAGAAAGGGUAGGCUUCAGUUGAGAAACAAAGACAGUAAGCUCGUGGGAGGAGAAGUGAGUAAGAGAGAACGAAAGUCACCGGCAAAGUAGGUUGCCAUGUCUAUCCUGCUGCACUGUGUGUCCAAGACGAACACGAAUUUUAUAAAAGCAGCUGUCGCUCGACUUUAUACCACAAGCAAAUUAAUAUCGCUGCGGACGAAUUCAUCAAUUUUAUCGUCGACAGUACUCAGUGCCGAUCGAACAAGUUGUUCACUUGUCAGAAAUUUCAGUGUAUCGUCUGUUAUCAUGGCUAAAAUUAAGGCAGGAGCUGUAGUGGAUGUUCUUGGGGAUGAGAUGACCCGGAUAAUUUGGGACUCGAUAAAGGAGAAGUUAAUUCUACCAUAUUUGGACAUAGAUCUUCAUACAUACGAUUUAGGAAUCGAAAAUCGCGAUGCGACGUCUGAUCAAGUGACGGUAGAUUGUGCAGAGGCGAUAAAGCGUUACAACGUCGGUAUAAAAUGCGCGACGAUAACACCGGAUGAGAAUCGAGUAGUGGAAUUCAAUUUGAAGCAAAUGUGGAAGAGUCCAAACGGAACGAUUCGUAACAUUCUCGGUGGAACGGUGUUCCGCGAAGCAAUAAUAUGCAAAAACAUUCCUCGUUUGGUAACUGGAUGGAAUACACCGAUAAUAAUAGGAAGGCAUGCUCACGCGGAUCAGUACAAAGCGACUGAUUUCGUGGUCCCUGGUGCGGGCAAGUUGGAAAUAACGUGGACAGGAGAAAACGGUCAGAAGAUUCAUCACACGGUGCACGAGUUCAAGGGCGCGGGUAUAGCACAAGCUCAGUUCAAUACGGAUGAGAGUAUUCGAGCGUUUGCUCACAGUUCCUUCCAGUAUGCUCUUUCCCGAAAGUAUCCACUUUAUUUGUCAACGAAAAACACUAUUCUCAAAAAAUACGACGGUAGAUUCAAAGAUAUUUUUCAAGAAAUUUACGAUGCCGAAUACAAGACAAAGUUCGAAGUUGAAGGAAUCUGGUACGAGCAUCGUUUGAUCGAUGAUAUGGUAGCUUACGCGAUGAAAUCAAACGGUGGUUUCGUAUGGGCGUGCAAAAAUUACGACGGGGAUGUACAAUCCGAUUCCGUGGCUCAAGGCUACGGUUCGCUGGGCCUUAUGACCUCGGUGCUUUUGUGUCCUGACGGACGUACCGUUGAAGCUGAGGCUGCUCACGGAACUGUCACUCGCCACUAUCGUCAGUACCAACAGGGAAAGGAGACCUCUACCAAUCCAAUUGCUUCGAUCUUCGCGUGGACCCGAGGUCUUCUUCAUCGCGCCAAACUCGACAAUAACAAGCCUUUAGAAAAGUUUGCUGAAACCCUUGAAAGAGUUUGCAUCAGUACGAUCGAACAGGGCUUCAUGACCAAAGAUCUCGCAAUUUGCAUCAAGGGCAUGGACAAAGUCACCAGGAAAGAUUAUCUUGAAACUUUCGAAUUUAUAAACAAACUCGCCGAGAACCUGAAGAAAGAAUUUCAUCCCUGACUUCUCGGUUUUACCCAUGAGAGACUGACGAAAGCAAAGUAUUGAUGGUCUUUCGUUUUUCUCGUUUUUACACAAACAACUCACAAUCAGUCGAAUAUUCCGGCCCAAUGACCAAACAAAACCAGUCAUUUUAUAUUUUAGUGUACUACCACAUAUCGUACUGCUAUCGAAAAUCGAGCAAAAAUUUUUCAUCUCGAUCGGUUGGUUUAAUAAUUCAUUUUGCAACGUUUUUUAUACCAACCGUAAAUUUAGUAUGAUUUUUAUAUAAGAAAAAAGAGAAAAUAUGUGCAAUACAUGAUGCAUGAUACUUCAAAACUCAUCUAUACGCAUACGUACAUAGAUAUAUGUAUCUUUGAAUAAAACAAGUGACUGUACUGUU